AUGAGCAAAGAAGCGUUCACACUCUGGCUGUUCUUCCUGUUGCUUGUACAUGGCGCCUUCGCUGAUCAGGCUGCUCGAGUCCUGGAGUUCUCCAGGUCCAGAAUGGAGAUGCGGGACGACCAAUAUACGACGGAGCACACGAGUCAACGUGCCAAUCAUCAGCUGUACAUGAGCUCUCAAGAUGGACUCAAGGAGGCAGACAAGGUCAGUGAGCUCCCUGGGCAGCCAGGCAGAGCUGGCUUUGAUCAGUAUGCAGGAUAUGUCACGGUUAAUGCCACAUCCGGGAAGGCCCUCUUUUACUACUUUGCAGAGGCUACUGACGAUCCUUCCACUAAGCCUUUGGUCUUGUGGCUGAAUGGAGGGCCUGGAUGUUCUUCUCUGGGAGAUGGAGCUAUGCUUGAAAUUGGACCAUUCUUAGUCAAUGGCGAUAACAGGACACUGUCCAUAAACAGAUAUGCAUGGAACAAUGUGGCAAACAUGCUCUUCCUUGAGAGCCCAGCUGGUGUUGGCUUCUCAUACUCCAACACAACAUCAGACUACGACAACACUGGUGACACGAGCACGGCAGCAGAUGCAUACACUUUCCUCACCAACUGGCUCGAGAGGUUCCCAGAGUACAAGGGCCGCGACUUCUUCAUAACAGGUGAAAGUUACGGCGGCCACUACAUACCACAGCUUGCGAAUGCUAUAUUGUCGAACAACAAUAUCACAAAUGUCACCAUCAUCAAUUUGAAAGGAGUUGCAAUUGGGAAUGCAUACUUGGAUGAUAGCACAAACACAAGAGCAACAAUUGAUUACUACUGGACACAUGCUUUGAUCUCCAAAGAAACUCACCUUGCAGUUCAGCGAAAUUGCAGCUUCAAUGGAACAUACAUGGCACAAUGCCGAAAUGCUUUAGCAGAAGCUGAUACUGAAAAGGGAGUCAUUGAUCCAUACAACAUCUAUGCACCCUUAUGCUGGAACGCUUCCAAUCCCCGACAGCUGCACGGCUCGGCAAUCAAUGUUGACCCCUGUAGCAGAUACUACGUCGAAUCAUAUCUGAAUCGCCCCGAGGUUCAGAGAACACUUCAUGCUAACACCACAGGAUUAAAACAGCCAUGGUCAGGUUGCAGUAAUAUCAUCACUCCUGAAAAUUGGAAAGAUGCACCUGUGUCUAUGUUACCAUCUAUCCAAGGAUUGAUUUCAAGUGGAGUAAGUACAUGGCUGUACAGUGGUGAUAUCGAUGCGGUGUGCCCAGUAACUUCAACAUUGUACUCAUUAGACAUUCUAGAACUACCAAUAAACUCAUCUUGGCGACCAUGGUACUCCGAUGACAAUGAGGUUGCUGGCUAUGUUGUUGGAUACAAAGGUCUGGUAUUCGCAACAGUCAGAGAAUCUGGACAUAUGGUUCCUACCUACCAACCUCAAAGAGCACUCACCUUGUUCUCCUCGUUCCUGCAAGGGAUAUUACCCCCUGAAUGACCAUAACUUUGAAAGCUCUGUUUCUUUUUUAAUUUUUGGUUUGUUUCUUACAGUGAAAGAUAGAACAGUUUGUCUGGGAAAAAUAACUGGAACACAGUAACUAGUUGUUCCCAUAGGAGAUUGCUUUUAUCAGUAGAAAUACAAGCAUUCAUAUUACAAGAGUAUCGAGUUAUG